AUGGAGCGGAAAGUGCUUGCGCUCCAGGCCCGAAAGAAAAGGACCAAGGCCAAGAAGGACAAAGCCCAGAGGAAAUCUGAAACUCAGCCCCGAGGCUCUGCUCCGCACUCUGAGAGUGACCCGCCUGAGCAGGAAGAGGAGAUCCUGGGAUCUGAUGAUGAUGAGCAGGAAGAUCCCAAUGAUUACUGCAAAGGAGGUUAUCAUCUUGUGAAAAUUGGAGAUCUGUUCAAUGGGAGAUAUCAUGUCAUCCGAAAGUUGGGCUGGGGACACUUUUCAACUGUGUGGUUAUCAUGGGAUAUUCAGGGAAAGAAGUUCGUGGCAAUGAAAGUAGUUAAAAGUGCUGAACAUUAUACUGAAACUGCACUUGAUGAAAUCCGGUUGCUGAAAUCAGUUCGUAAUUCAGAUCCUGAUGAUCCAAACAGAGAAAUGGUUGUUCAACUACUAGAUGACUUUAAAAUAUCAGGAGUUAAUGGAACACAUAUCUGCAUGGUAUUUGAAGUUCUGGGGCAUCAUCUACUCAAGUGGAUCAUCAAGUCCAAUUAUCAGGGGCUUCCUCUGCCUUGUGUCAAAAAAAUUAUUCAGCAAGUGUUACAGGGUCUGGAUUAUUUGCACACCAAGUGCCGUAUCAUCCACACUGACAUUAAACCAGAAAACAUCCUGUUGUCAGUGAAUGAACAAUACAUCCGGAGGCUGGCUGCAGAAGCAACAGAAUGGCAGCGCUCUGGAGCUCCUCCACCUUCUGGAUCUGCAGUCAGUACUGCACCCCAACCUAAACCAGCUGACAAAAUGUCAAAGAAUAAGAAGAAGAAAUUGAAGAAGAAGCAGAAGCGCCAGGCAGAAUUACUAGAGAAGCGAAUGCAGGAGAUUGAGGAAAUGGAGAAAGAGUCGGGCCCCGGGCAAAAAAGACCAAACCAGCAAGAAGAAUCAGAGAGGCCUGUUGAAAGACCCUUGAAAGAGAACCCACCUAAUAAAAUGACCCAAGAAAAACUUGAAGAGUCACGUACCAUUCACCAGGAUCAGACACUUACAGGACGUGGUAUAGAGGGUGGUGCAGCAGAAAUUAAUUGCAAUGGCGUAAUUGAAAUCAUUAAUUAUACUGAGAACAGUAAUAAAGAAACGUUGAGGCUUAAAGAGGAUCUACGUAAUGCUAACGACUGUGAUAUCCAAAAUUUGAAGCAGGAACCUAGUUUACUAAGUUCCCAGAAUGGAGACAGCAGCACAUCUCAAGAAACAGACUCUUGUACACCUGUAACCUCUGAGGUGUCUGAUACCAUGAUGUGCCAGUCUUCGUCAAAUGUAGACCAAUCAUUCAGUGAACAGGACAUUAGCCAACUUCAAGAAAGCAUUCGGGCAGAGAUACCCUGUGAAGAUGAACAAGAGCAAGAACAUAAUGGACCACUAGACAACAAAGGAAAAUCCACUGCUGGAAAUUUUCUUGUUAACCCCCUUGAGCCAAAAAAUGCAGAAAAGCUCCAAGUGAAGAUUGCUGAUCUUGGAAAUGCCUGUUGGGUGCACAAACAUUUCACCGAAGAUAUUCAAACAAGGCAGUAUCGCUCCUUGGAAGUUUUGAUAGGAUCUGGCUAUAAUACCCCUGCUGACAUUUGGAGCACAGCAUGCAUGGCCUUUGAACUGGCCACAGGUGACUACUUAUUUGAACCUCAUUCAGGGGAAGAGUACACACGAGAUGAAGAUCACAUUGCAUUGAUCAUAGAACUUCUGGGGAAGGUGCCUCGCAAGCUCAUUGUGGCAGGAAAAUAUUCCAAGGAAUUUUUCACCAAAAAAGGUGACCUGAAACACAUCACGAAGCUGAAACCCUGGGGCCUUUUUGAGGUUCUAGUGGAGAAGUAUGAGUGGUCUCAGGAAGAGGCAGCUGGCUUCACAGAUUUCUUACUGCCCAUGUUGGAGCUGAUCCCCGAGAAGAGGGCCACUGCCGCUGAGUGUCUCCGGCACCCUUGGCUCAACUCUUAA